GGGUCAUUUUCGUAAUUCGUCCCCGCCCAUUUCAAAUUCGUCUGCCGAUCUUACUGCUUCCAACAUCACGGGAUUGUGAAUUUCUAGUUCGUCAUGGAUUUAAGGCCGACGAAGCUCGCGUACUUUGAUGACAUGCAAAAGCUCCAAUCAACGGCUACGAUCCUCUCAUACUUCCAGGCGGAGGACGGUCGACACGCUCUGCUCUUGGAUUCCACGAUCUUCCACCCUCAAGGGGGCGGACAGCCGUCGGAUACUGGCUUUGUCUCGAAUCCCGAUGCGGAUUUCAAGUUUGUCGUCCAAGACGUUAGAUUGAAAGACGGAGUUGUGUUCCAUUAUGGACUUUUUGAUUAUUCUCAAGAGGUAUGCACUUCGAAAAUUGAGAACGAGCAAGAAAUUUGUUUGUUUGUUGACGGGCAAAGACGCAAUCUCAAUUCUAGGUUGCAUACAGCGGGGCACUUGUUGGAUAUCUGCUUGCGCAAUGUAGGUUUGGCUUACCUGGAGCCAGGAAAAGGAUACCAUUUUCCUGAUGGGCCAUUUGUUGAGUAUAAAGGCACAAUCCCACCAAAUGAAUUGCAAAAUAAACAAAAGGAGCUGGAAAUUGCAGCGAAUGAAUUAAUUUCUAAUGGAGGGAAAGUGUCAGCUGCUGUUUUACCAUAUGAAGAAGCUUAUGAAAUGUGUGGAGGAUCCCUUCCUACUUACAUAUCCAAGGAUAGUACUCCACGGAUUGUGAAGUUUGGGAACCAUCCCGGUUGCCCUUGUGGUGGGACCCAUGUUGCUGAUUUUGCGGAGAUUGGGAGUAUGAAGGUUUCUCAGAUACGAGUGAAGAAAGGUCUCACGAAAGUGUUUUAUAGCAUUGAACCAUGACCUUUCGCAUGCUUCUUCAGCUUAAAAAAUCUCAUAAUAUAUAAAUGGGCAGUCAAUUGAGAUGGGAUUUUGCAUAGUGAAAGUAAUAUAUCUUUUUCUUAGUUAUUCACUUUAUUGUGAAAGAUGAUAAGAGGUCUUGACUCAUGACAUGCUGUUGGGUAGCACCCAUGUUGUUGCUGUUUAGCUGCUUAUGGUUCUUUGGAUGAGGAUGUUAGAAUGUGAAUAAGAUCUUGACCCACUACUCUAUAGUGAUUGAGACCGUUGAUGUGA